GAACCGGGGGAGAGAGAGAGCCCAGAAGGAAGGAGGGAGGGAGGAGGCAGACGCUGGAGGAAUGCAGACUGGGAAACAGUUGCCUGCGCCCCCAGCCCGAGCCGAAGCCCCCUUCACGUGCGCCACAUGCGGGGACGAGUUUAGCCGCUCUCACGCCUUGCAGCAACACCUGAGGGUGCACGCCGGGCAGCGGGCGUUCGGAGAGAUGAGCUUCACCCGGGCCGAGGCGGUGUCCUCGCGGGAGCAGUGCAACCGGGGCGAGAGGCUGGCCGUCUGUGAUGUCUGCGGCAAGGGCUUCACCGUGGCGGCGCUGCUGGCACGGCACCAGGUCUCGCACACCGGCCGCCAGCCCCACGAGUGCGGGCUCUGCGGCAAGACCUUUGCCCUGGCCGAGAACUGCGGCCGCCACCGGCGCCUCCACCUGGCCGAGACCCAGAGCUACCGCUGUGACGCCUGCUCUGCCUGCUUCCCUCAGGCCCAGCAGCUGGUGUUGCACCAGCGCAGCCAUGGGCCCCGCGAGUCCUUCGUCUGCCCGGCCUGUGGCAAGGGCUUCACCCAGCAGCUCUUCCUGCAGUGGCACAUGCCCGUCCACGCCGUCUCCGCCAUGGGGGCCUCCGCCGUGGGGCCCUCCGCCUCUGGACCGAAACACUCCUCCUCCACUGUGGGGCCCUCCGCCUCUGGACCGAAACACUCCUCCGCCGUGGGGCCCUCCACCUCUGGACAGAAACACUCCUCCUCCGUCGCGGGGCCGUCCGCCUCUGGACCGAAACACUCCUCCUCUGCCGUGGGGCCCUCCGCCUCUGGACCAAAACACUCCUCCUCCACCGUGGGGCUCUCCGCCUCUGGACCAAAACACUCCUCCUCCGCCGUGGGGCCCUCCGCCUCUGGACCGAAACACUGCUCCUCCGCCGUGGGGCCCUCCGCCUCUGGACCGAAACACUCCUCCUCCGCCGCGGGGCCCUCCGCCACCGGACCAACACAUUCCUGCGCCGUGGGGGUCUCCAACUCCUCCGUCCCUGCACCGACACAUUCCCCCACCGCGGUGGUUUCCAACUGCUCCGUCUCUGGACCAUCACACUGCUCCGCCGUGAGGCUGUCAAACUCCUCCGUCUCUGGACUGACAUACACCUCCGCCGUGGGGCUCUCUGACUCCUCUGCCACUGGGUGGUCCUUGGCUCUGAACCCCGCAACAAGAUUAGGCUCUGCCUCCUCUGCCAUGGGACUCUGCUCCUCCUCGUCCUCCACUGUGGGGCCCCCUACCGCCCUGGGCCCGUACCCCACUGCGGGCUCAUCCCCCAGCUCCACUGCGGGGCCAAACUCCGCCGUGGGGCCCACCUCCGCCAUGGGACCAAACUCCACCACGGGGCCCACCUCCGCCAUGGGACCGAACUCCACCGCGGGGUCGAACUCCACCGCGGGGCCCACCUCCGCCAUGGGGCCCACCUCCACCAUGGAGCCCUCGUGCCCCAGGACAGAGCGGCGCCUGACUUGUGGCGUGUGCGGAGACCCCCUCGGCCGGUCCCAGACCGUGGAGCAGCCCGGGCGGGUCUACCGAGGGCAGCGGGUUGCCCCACGGUUUGGGCCCUGCUCAUCGGCCCGGGAGACCCCCCGGGGAGGGGUGAACACCUGCCCAGCAUGCACCAAGGCCUUCGCCCGGCCCCACUACCUGCGCUGCCAUGUGAGGGCGCGCCGGCCCCCAGCCAUCCCUGACAGAGCCCACCACUGCGAAGGAGCCAACUCCUUCAUCUGCGACUCCUGUGGGGGCAGCUUCCGGCUCUGGGAGAACUUCCAGAGGCACCGGAAACUUCACCAGCAAAGGGAGACCAGUCCCAUCACCGCCAUCAUCCAGGCUGCUCCCAGCAACUGAGGCAACGGCAGAGAGAGGAGGAGCGGGGAGGGAGACAGACACGGAGAGGAAGAGAGAGAGAGUGAGAGAGACGGAGGCAGAGGAGAGAGGGACAGAGAGAGUGGAAGUAGGAGCAUGGUGGGGGGGAGAGAGAGAGAGCGACUGGGGAUAGAAAGAGACUGGGGUCAGAUUGGCAGAAAUUGGUUUAGAGUGAGAGAGAGAGAUUGGGGACAGUGAGAAAGGGACUGGGGACAGUCUGUGAGAGAGAGAGACUGGGGACAGUGAGAGAGGGACUGGGGAC